AUGGAGGCGCUGCGCGCGGCGGGACGGGCCGUGCUGCGCAGCCCGCGCCUCGCCCGCCACGGCCUGGGGCUCCGCCGGCGGCGCAAGCUGCCAGAGAACUGGGCCGACAUGCGGGAGCCGCUGCUCGAGGGCAUGUGCUUCACGCUCAAGUACCUGGGCAUGACGCUGGUGGAGAAGCCCAAAGGAGAGGACAUGGCAGCUGCCGCUAUCCGCCGGAUUGUUGCCAUGGCUCGGGUGGGAGCUAGGAAGUUCCAGAAGGUGAUUCUGACGGUGUCACCCAGGGGCAUUUCACUGCAGGACGCGGAGACCAAAGAGCUGGUUGAGAACAUUUCCAUCUACAGGAUUUCCUACUGCACAACAGACAAGCUACAGAACAAGGUUUUUGCUUAUGUUGCCCAGAGCCAAGAGAGUGGGGCCCUGGAGUGCCAUGCCUUCCUCUCGCCCAAGAAGAAGAUUGCCCAGGCGGUGACUCUGACUGUGGCCCAGGCCUUCCAGAUGGCACUGGAUCUCUGGGAAGCAGCACAUACAGGCUCUAGGCAGGAACAGCCCCUUCACCCUCCAUGUGCUUUGGAGAACAGUGAGCCCGGCAGAGCAAGUGAGACAGCCCCCCCGGGGAGCCCUCCCUUCAGACACCACUUUGGGGAGGAAGAGGAGGAGGAGGAGGAGGAAGAUGACAACCUUGAUGAAGCUUUAUCUGGCUGCCUGGAGGAGCCAUCGUGUGGAGUCCACAGCCCGACAGCGUCGCCCGCGCGCACGCUGAACCCUCCUGCCGCGCCACCGCUGCACUAG